AAAGGGAAAGUACUAAGAAGGUGUUGAUUAUAGCUGAAUAUGUAGUAGCAAAGACAGGAGUUGCUAUGAUAAUUAUAGAGGAUAAACAUUCGAAGAACAUUAAAUCAGCUUCUUGUUUAGGGGAAGCAAAAUUCUUGCUGAAAAAUUUGCUGUGGAAGAUGAAAAUACGAGGGGAAAUAACGAUAGAAAAUUUAUUCGCCAUUCGCAUUAUUUCCACUUACGUAGAUUCGACGAUGACCAAGGAAAAUGGGUUGAAUACCGGUCUCGACCUCGCUGAACCAGACGGUAAACGGGCAGUUCUUAUGUCAUUGGCAAGAAUUCAACAACUUCGUUUAAAACCCACCUGUUCUUCCACCUAA